CGCAGAGAAAGACACAGUUCGAGCUGAGCCACAGAUUUUUCUUCUUAUCGUCACGGCGGGCGCGUUGCUGACAAAAAGAAAAGGAGGUGCUGUUGAUGUUGUUGCAGAUGGCUGCUUCUCGUUCUUCUUGCUGGAAUGAAGAGCUUCGGAGACAUACAGCAUACAGAUAAUGACACACGUCACCGCAGAAGAUAGUCCGCAUGGACGGCACAUGGGUGUCACCGACGUGGUGAUGAUGAUUGUGCAGAGAAUUAUCGGAUCAGGCAUAUUUGCAGUCUCGUCGAUGAUAUACAGAGAUGUGGGGGGUUCGCCGGCGCUCUUCUUCCUUGUGUGGCUCAUAGCGGGAUACUCGAGCUAUGCCGGACUCAUGUGCUUCUCGGAGUUGGGUUCUGUGAUCCCACGAAGCGGCGGCUUGAAGAUCUUCUUGCAGAUCAUCUAUGACAAGCCCUACAUGAUGAUCAACGUGGUGUUUGGCGUCUUCAUCGUCAUCUUCGGCUCGAUCAUCGCUAACGUGAUGAUUUUCGGCGAGUACCUCCUCUAUGCGUUGGACUUCCAGGAUGAGGAGACGAUAGCCAACUACUACAAGCCCAUUGGCUUUGCUUUCUUGAUUUUGGUUUCCGUCAUGUUGUUGGUGUCGACUAAGUUUGUGAUCAAGCUGCAAACGUUCACCGGGUUCCUGAAGGUCAUACUCUUGCUCGCAGUGUCACUCAUAGGUAUCGGCGUGCUUGUCUUGCCGUCCUCAGUGACAAACAUCCCGAACAACCUCCACUCGGGCGAUUUUUUCAAGAUCAAGACGUCUGUCAGCGUCUCCUCCUUCACGUCGGCAAUCUUGAAGGGGAUCUUUUCGUUCAACGGCUGGCAUACAAUCCACAACGUGCUUGGCGAAAUCAAAGACCCAGUGAGGACGAUGAAAAGGGCUUCGCCGCUGGCGAUCUUUCUCAUCAACUUGUGCUACAUGUUGAUCAACUUGACAUACCUCAUUGUAAUUCCGUCCGAAGAGCUUUUGGAGAUCAAUGAGAUGGUUGGGUUGGUGCUUUUUGAAAAAGUGUUUGGCAACUCCGUCGGCAAGCUUGUAUUGUCAGCCCUGAUCGCCUUCUCCGUCGGUGGCAACGUCAUCACUGUGCUCUACCACAUCUCCAGAAUGAACCAGGAGAUUUUCAGGGAAGGGUUCAUGCCCUUCAGCCAGUUCUUUGCCUCGAACAUCCCGUUUGGGUCCCCGAUGCCGGCCCUGCUCAUCCCCGUCGUCAUCACGUCGCUCUUCCUCGCCAUCCCGACAGAGUCAAACGUCUUCAACUACGCCAUCAACCUUGAGAGCUACCCAACACAGAUCUUCUUCGGCAUGGCGUGUUUUGGCAUCCUUAUCUUGAGACGCCGCUCUCCCCACAUAGUGCCAAGCAUCAAGGCCUCUGCUCUUGACAUCGCCUUCAUGGUCUUCUUCUCGCUCUUCAUGUUCCUCGGUCCGCUGGUCAGACCGGACAACAGCGAGUUUAAGGGCUUGCCCAACUACGCAUACACUUCUAUCCUCAUCCUCCUGAUGUGCAUGCUUUACUGGUUCUUCAUGUUCAAGGUCUGCCCGCGGGUGUUCAAGUACCAGCUUUCUCAAGAAGAGGUGACCCUCGACGACGGCAUGAAGAUCAACAAGUGGACUCACAUCGAUCUCCCUGCCGACGGUGGUCUCUACGAGGCCAUCUAGACCUGUCUAUCGGACAUCAAGCUGCGUCCCCUGUCUAGCAUCUAUACAAAAACAGUAACUUUCCAGUAUCCCUGACAAACAUGUGAAUUUUCCGAAACAGUAG